AUGAAGACCACCGCCCUCUCCCUCCUGCUCGCAGCAUCCUCUGCCCUGGCAGCACCCACCACCACUACCACCUCCUACCUCCAACUCACCGACAUGUGGGCCACAACCUCCGUCAGAGACAGCACCUCCUACAUGCACUUCGUCCUCACAGACCCCAACUACCCGUCCGACACCCCGACGGACUGCAACCUGAUCUGGCCGUACGGCCUCAACCCGGACGCAAACGCCCGCUGCAACAACGGGGAAUACUAUAUCCGCUUUCCCAACGGGGGUGCGGAUAUCGGGUACUUUACUCUGUCGCUGGAGCGGGUGUCUGGUGCAAUCCCGGAGAAGGGACAGGUGCUGUUGAGUGAUAAUGCGAAUGGGGCUGCGCCUGGGACCAAGUGGAUUUGUGGCGAGUUGAAUAACACAGGGCUUACGGAGCGGUGCUAUUAUGAUGGGGUUUUGCAGAUGGAGGUCUAG